UGUUUUUUCUAUAUUAAAUUUGACAGUGUUUUAAUGUUUAUACUUUUUUUAAGAGUUCGAAUUUAUUUUGAGUUUUUUUUUCUCAGUUGCCUUAAAAUUUAAAACGCUGACUAUUAAAGUUUCAGAAUAUGAAAAAAUCCAGCGCAGUUAAGUCGAGACUUUCAUUUAAAUCAAUCAUAUAUGACAAGUUUGAAAGGUUUUUCAAAUGGUUCAGGAAAAAAUCCUUAGAUGACUGCCAGGUCAAUGUAAUAAGAAACUGCGCUGAUGACAAUUGCUACCACUGCAAGACGUGUCACCGGAUUAACAAGUACAGAUCUCUUACUAAUCCCGCAUCGAAGCCGUCCAAGAGAAAGUUGGAAAUUUCAUAUUUCGUAGGCGGUUCGAGGUCCUGUUGGUCCGGAAGACCAUCGACUUCUAACAGCGGUCAAACAAGCAUAAAACCAGCAACGUACAGUGAUAAUGUCAAGACCGACGCAAAACCGUCUCAGGCUCUUUCGUACAGUGAAAAUGUAAAGAACUCGAAACCGUCCGAAUCCAAAGAUCUGAACCCGAACAUUUUCAACAAGCACUCUUGUCUGUGUCGGCCCACGAACCGAAAUCCGGCAAGGUACCAACAAAUAAUCCUCGGUUUUCACCUUAUUAGGAAACUAGGAGGUGGUUGUUUCGGGAACGUCUACCAAGCUUACCGACCGGCCACGCAAAGUUAUUACGCCUUGAAAGUAUUUUUUAAAAACAGGGUUUUUCAUGCCAAUCGUCUGGAAAACGUCAUCAACGAAAACGAAUUGUCUCGCGUAAUAAAAUUCGAAUUCUUAACCAGCCUCGCUUUUUCCUUUCAAGACAACCACAACUUCUAUUUAGCCUUUGCGCCGUAUUGCCCGGGUGGGAAUUUAUUGCGUUACAUCGAACUGUUUGGGCAUUUCACAGAAGAUGCGGCGAAAUUUUACGUCGCCCAAGUCGUCCUCGCUUUGGAAUAUCUCCAUUCGUUAGAUCUGAUUCACAGGGACGUCAAACCGGAGAAUGUUGUUAUAGCCAGCGAUGGGUUCGUCAAGCUGACUGAUUUCGGAUUUUGCAAGAAGUUGAAGAAAAAGACUUACACCGUUUGUGGCAACCCGUUGUAUUUCGCACCCGAAAUGCUCACUGGAAAGGGAUACGGGAAAGAGGUCGACUGGUGGGCAUUGGGUGUCAUGCUCUACGAGCUGAUCGUCGGCCUGACGCCUUUCGAUUCCCCCUCGAUAACCAAAGUCUACGAGAAAAUAAGCCUGGGGAAAUUCAGGACGGUCCGGAUUUUCAGCGCGGAGAUUCGGACGUUCCUCAAGGAAAUUCUAAAUCCGGUUACGACGGAGAGGCUCGGAACCUGCGGAUCGGCGAAAGUGAAACGCCACGAGUUCUUCCGUGAUAUUUCCUGGGAUAGCCUCUUGUUGAAGAAAUGCGUUCCGCCUGUUGUCCCGCCUGCUAUGCCCGCUUACAAUCGCUACCAGUCCUCCAGUCUGAGAGAGUGCGAUAUCCUCCCCACCGUAGAAAAUGUUUGCUGGAGAAAACUAUGUCCGAACACGGGGAAGAUGAUCGAAUUGGUCACCGAAGAGAUACCAGAAGACCAGAAGGCCAAGGAAAACGAAACCUCACGGAAGUCUUUAAUGGAGACGCGAUUGGAAACAAUUAAAACUUUUUUAAGUAAUAGGCAGGAAGUAAAAAAUGCACGGAUAAGGAACAAUUUUAUAAAUCUCAAAGAGAAAUAUAAAAGAAAAGAAGAGCUAGAGAAAACGCAAAACGGGGAAGAGGGAAGGGCGAGUAAUAUUGCCAAUAAUCAGACGGGUAAACAAAGCGUAACAAUUUGAGUCCAGCAUCUCCGUAUACUCAAAUAGAGAAAAAUCUCGAUGAAUUUGAAUCUCCGAAGACGAUCUGUUGUUUUCCUUCACUUUGUCUCAUGAUAAAAAUAAGUGCUUUCCACAUUCUUGUAAAAAAAUGAUUCAAAUCAACUUCAGCGAUUCCGUUUUGCAAGCAUUCCUCGCUGUACGACGCCGGUUGCAUGGAAAUUUUGAUGAAAACAGCUAAUAAAAAAAUAAUUUCAA